AUGGGAGGUCAAGAAUCCAAAUUGGCUUUCCAACGGGGAAUUGCACGGCUUGCCGAUGAUUCAGCCAUUCCUUUAGAUGAUGAUGUUUGGGUAUCUUUUUGGAAUAUACCGGAAAGUGCUGCAGAGGUGUACAGCUUUUUAAAUCCCGAUCUUAUUCGAAGAAUACGUGAACUUCAAUUUGAAAACAUUGAGAAAUUGUUGCUUGUGUUAACGUCACGACUGUUUGCGCUCAAAAACAAUAAGCACUUUCCUAAUUUAGAAAGUGCUCCUGCAAAUGAUGCCUUGAAUUGCAUUCGUGUCCUUACACGUAUCAUUCCGCUGCUGGAUGAACAGCCCAAUUUGCAACAAUGGAACCAAAAGUUUUGGUGGAGCUUGCGUAAAAGAAAAGUGAUGUCUACGGAAAGCUCAGAAUUAGAUUUAGCAAGCUUUACUUCUACUUUUGAAAAAGAGCUUUCAGCAAACGACAAACCUGACGAACCUUUCACUGCGAAUCCGUUGUCUUCGAUUAUACGGCCGGCGUCCAAUGAUCCAACCGGCCAAGAGAUCUCCAACCAUGAAACUAGUAAUUCCCUAGAUAAAUCAUACGUAUAUGAGAAAACAUUGAUGGAAGAACUACUAAACACCUUGUGUAAUCUAAUGUUUUGUCGGGGAUUUACGCUUCCAGAAGAAAGUCCAGAGCAGUUCACGUAUCGAAUAUGGGAUAAAGGAAUAGGCACCCAAGAAUCGGCAUCAAAUUUGCCAAAAGAUAUUCUUUCUAAUCGAAUUGAAGUCCUCCGCUUAAUCAUGGUUUUAAUCUCCAAACGCGUUUAUCAAGAUGAGGAUUCCAACUCUCAUACGUUGACUUACUUGACUUAUUUUUCAAACAAGCAGUUUAGUCUUAUCUUUCUUUACUCGCUCAUAAACACGGCUAUCAAUCUGAGAUCUGAAAGCAGGAAAGUUGCAUAUUCCAAUUUACUGUAUAACGACGUCAAUGGUCCUUUGUCAAAACUAGCUUGUCAAAUAUUACUUAUAUUUUGGGAUUAUACAGCCCCAAAAGCAUCCACGCAUUAUUUUCUACGAAGGUAUAAUCUACCUUUGGAUAGUUGUGUUGAAAACCAAUACAGAGCUUACUUUUCUCGGCUUCACCUACAGAAAGAUUACGAAUUUCUGGUUGAUAAUUGCUGCCGUUUACUUAAUGUUCAGUUACCUAUCACUUCUUACCUACCUUUGUCACAAAAACCUUCUAUUCAUUUCCCAGAGCUUGUUCUCCUCGCUUGGCAAGCAAUUUUAUACAACAAUAGAUUUCGUGCUUAUUUAACUACUUCUUCUUACGCUUCAGACUUUUUAGUAGCUAUUCAAUUCUACGCUUUACGGUACAGGGAUGAGCCUAAAUAUUCUGGUUUGGUUCGGCUAUGUCUUUUUAUCGUUCAUUAUUUAUCUUCUGAGAAAGUCUUGUGCGAAAGACUAAACAAGCCUUGUUUUAAUAGUCAGACUCUGUUGACUUCUCUUGGAAUCUCCAUUCCCUCUUCCAUCUCAUACGCAGAGUUUAUCAUUGUUUCUAGUUUUCACAUUACUGCAGUCAAAGGAUCACCGCACAGUAGUCUGUCACCAUUGAUUUUAUUGACGUUAUGUAACAUUUCGCCAUUUCUAGAAAAGUUGUCUUUUUCCACCUGUACGAAACUAAUGCACCUCUUCUUCUCUCUUUCUUCACCACGUUUCCUUGUGCGCAAUCCGCGAAAUCAUUUACUAUUGGAAUAUUUACUGCAAACAUUCGCCAACAUAUUAGAAAACAAGUUUCAGGAAAAUCCAAAUUUUUCUUACUCUAUAUUGCGGUUACAACAUAAGUUUCUUUCUUUGAGGUCUCUGACAUUAGAUUCAGCUUUAGGUGAGGAAAGAAAAUCAUCAUUUUUCCUCGAAAGUGCCAAGAACGGCGAAGCCCUGACAGAAGCAAGUACAACAAAGCCAGAAAAUAAUGCUGCGAGUGUCAAUUCAGUGGAUUCUGAGCUUAAAGAUUUUGUGUUUUUGUCAUCCGCUAGCCGUACAAACAGUUCUUCCGACUUAUCUUCUAAGUUAAUUUCCUUGUCUGUUCCUCCGGUACUACAAGACGUAUUCUUACAUGAGCCUAGGGUUAUGUCUAAAAAGUUAAGAGGGAAGGCUCCUGAGGGGCUGUCUGAGUCUGAAAUGUUCAAAAGAUGCACUUCCAACCCUUUUGGUAAAGAUCUAGAGGCAACUGCUAAUUCUUGGUGCCCAACAAAAGCAUGGUUUCAGUCAUGGCAUUCAAAACUUGAGAUGGAGGCUAUUUUAGCAACUAUAUCUCAGUUUACACUUCCAGUGUUUAAAAAAAUUAGCGACGAGUCAGUAUCCACUGACGACGCUGUGAAGUUUUUAUCGGAAUCCAAGUUGAAGGAUAUUCUACCGAGGGCUCCCAACUUUCGCUACUUCUUAUGGACAAAUCUUAUGAAUGAAUGGUUUGAGGGAUUCAUAUGGUUUUGCACACUUGAUUUUGAUGAAAAAGGUAUGCUGGGAUCCCCAAACCUCUUUACAGAUUCAAAAAUUCAUCGAAACCAUGGUGAUACGAUGAAAGCAUUGGAUGCAAAGUCAAAACUGAAUACUGCUGAAGGGGCAAUGAAAUCGAUCUUUGAUAAACUUGACGGUGUGUAUUCUCAGUUUUCGGGAUCUUCUUCAUCAGCAAACUCCAAAUAUCAAUGA